CAGAGGCAGUAGGGCGUUUCUGAGUAAUAAACGCUGGUAGAGAGCAGGGGAGGGGACGAACCUCAACGAAACAUGGAUGGAAAAAGAGAAAGCGAAGUUGCAUAUUGAAUGUCUAAAUCUCUGCCUUAUCAAGGAAUAUCGACUCAAGGGUUUACAUGCUGGUGGGACAAAGACAGACUGGAACCCUGCACUCCUUUUGGCUUUUUGAAUCUGGACUGAAAAAAACAACAAAUUCAGAUUGAUAGCUCUCUGGAAUAAGAUCUGACUGUGCUACAAGGAGGGCAUCUUUCUCUACAACAUAUUUUUAACCCCUACAUCCUGAUUGUUAUUGGAUCUGAAGCAUCCUGAUACAGCAGAACCACAAGUACCACAACCAAGCAGCAGCCUGGUCUACUUAAUAUUUUAAAGCUUCUUAAUGGCUACAGAUUUUACAUUCUAAUUUAUAAUUGAGCAUUUGAAGCUAUUACCACCUUCUAUAAGAGUUUAAUCCAAUCUGUUGCUACAAUAGGGCACAGUUGUCCUAUUAAUAAUUGAAGUAUCUUGAAAAUAUUAUUGUAUCAUCCAACAAAAAGUGACAGUCGACUCUACGCUCCUAACUCUACAAGAUCAGGAUGGUGGAACGCAUUUACUCAGCUACCGGCAUGGCUUACAAGCUGCGGAGCCAGUGGGAUCGUGAUGACGGUCUGGGGCAGAACCACAAUGCUGUGAAGUUCCUAGGUCAGGACUACGAGUCUCUGAAAGCCCAGUGCCUCCAAAGCAGGAGGCUGUUUGAGGAUAGCUUGUUCCCUUGUGCUGCAUCGUCUUUGGGAUUCAACGAACUGGGGCCGAGAUCGUCCAAGACCUCUGGAGUGCGCUGGAUGAGACCCACGGAGUUCUGCAAACGACCUGAGUUCAUCGUAGAUGGAGCCACUCGCACAGACAUCUGCCAGGGAGCUCUGGGUGACUGCUGGCUGCUGGCUGCCAUCGCCUCGCUGACCUUAAAUGACAAUCUCCUGCACAGGGUGGUUCCUCACGGGCAGAGCUUCACUCAGGGAUACACCGGUAUCUUCCACUUUCAGUUCUGGCAGUUUGGCGAGUGGGUUGAGGUGGUUAUUGAUGACAGGCUGCCGGUGAAGGAUGGGAAGCUGCUGUUUGUCCACUCUGCAGAGGGAACAGAGUUCUGGAGCGCUCUGCUGGAGAAAGCCUACGCUAAGCUGAACGGCUGUUACGAGGCUCUGUCAGGCGGCAGCACCUCAGAGGGCUUUGAGGACUUCACUGGUGGCGUGACAGAGAUGUACGAGCUGAGGAAAGCCCCCCCAGACCUCUUCAGCAUCAUCGGCAGGGCCAUAGAUAGAGGAUCACUGCUGGGCUGUUCUAUAGACAUUACCAACACCCGAGACAUGGAGGCCGUCACGUUCAAGAAGCUGGUGAAAGGACACGCCUACUCUGUAACCGGUGUGGACGAGGUGAUGUACAGAGGAAGUCCAACCAAGCUGGUCCGAAUCAGAAACCCUUGGGGGGAAGUGGAGUGGACAGGAGCCUGGAGCGACAACUCCAGAGAGUGGGACAGCGUGGACCGCUCUGUCAGAAGUCGGUUACAAAACCGCAGUGAGGACGGUGAAUUCUGGAUGUCCUUUAAUGACUUCCUGCGUGAGUUCAGCCGUCUGGAGCUGUGCAACCUGACAGCUGAUGCCCUGCAGAACAGCCAGCUGAAGAAGUGGAGCUCCUCGCUCUAUCAGGGAGAGUGGAGGAGGGGCAGCACUGCCGGGGGCUGCAGGAACUACCCAGCCACCUUUUGGUUGAACCCUCAGUUCAAGAUUGUGCUGCAGCACCCAGAUACUCCUGGCCAAUCAGACUGCAGCUUCCUGGUCGGUCUGAUGCAGAAAGAUCGCAGGAAGAAACGACGGGAAGGCAAAGACAUGGAGACCAUCGGGUUUGCAGUCUAUGAGGUUCCACACGAGUUUAAGGGCAGGUCUGGGGUCCAUCUGAAGCGGGAUUUCUUCCUCACUCACGCCUCCAGCGCUCGCUCCGAGCUCUUCAUCAACCUGAGGGAGGUCAGCUCGCGGUUGCGGCUGCCAGCCGGAGAGUAUGUCGUAGUCCCGUCUACAUUUGAGCCGCACAAAGAGGCCGACUUUGUCCUCAGGGUUUUCUCUGAGAAGCCGGCGGACUCUGAGGAGCUUGAUGAUGAUAUCAAAGCCGAUCUUCCAACAGAGACACAGCUAGAUGAGAGCCAGAUUGACUCAGGCUUCAAGAGUCUCUUCAGACAGCUGGCAGGGGCGGUGAGCAAACUUCAGGAAUGGUGUUUAAAACUGUAUAUGCAGUUGUAUUUACAUUUUUGUCAUAACUUUUUCUCUUUGUGCCAACAGGACAUGGAGAUCAGUGUAACAGAACUGCAAACUAUACUCAACAGGAUCAUCAGCAAACAUAAAGACCUGAAGACAGACGGCUUCUCUAAAGAAGCCUGUCGCAGCAUGAUAAACCUCAUGGACACUGACGGUAGCGGGAAGCUUGGCCUGACAGAGUUUCAUGUUCUGUGGGAGAAGAUCAAAAGAUACCUGACUAUAUUCAGGCAGUUUGACUUGGACAAAUCAGGCACGAUGAGUUCUUAUGAGAUGAGGAUGGCUCUUGAAUCUGCAGGUUUCAAGCUGACCAACCAACUGUUCCAGCUGAUCAUCCUGCGAUACACAGAGGCAGACAUGGCUGUCGAUUUUGACAACUUUGUCACGUGUCUGGUCAGACUGGAGACCAUGUACAAAACUUUUAAGACCAUGGACACGGAUAACGACAAUCUUAUAAGCCUCGACUUCUUCCAGUGGAUUACUCUGACCAUGUUUGCCUGAGCAGCGCAGACUCUUCUGUGCCUGUUGCACUGCAUUCUGCUGCAGCUCCAGGCGCCAGUAUUCGUCAUUUCAGAAGUGCCUUUUGUCCCCCACCAAUUCUUCCUCUGAGGCCCUCGGAUGCUAAAAGACUGUAAAUUCAUCGUUACAGUGCCUAUACUGGAAAUGUGCCGAUCCUUUAUUUGUCGCCUGAAAGCGUACUUGUCAUAGUCUGGCAGUGAAUGCUGCAGUAGCACUGACUGUUAGCUAGGCACACUGUUCUAGCAUUAUGAACAUUUCUUGAUGGUAGAACUACCUUGGAAGCAAAAAUGACCUUACUGGCUUUAUUUUAGUGUUUACCGACAACAAAGUUUCUUAUUUUUGAAGCAAUAUCUAGCUUGCUUAGUUGAAAACAUCUAUUUCUCUAUUUUGCCACCAAAAUUCAACUCCCUUGCCAAAAGGAGCUAGCUUACCAAACAUAUUUUAGAAAAACAAAGCUCUUUAGUUCAGUUCAGACCAAAGAAUCACAACCAAUUGAGUCUAUUUUAGAUGGUUGCAGUGGACAGUAGCAGCUAUGUGAACUGAGCCAUUUCAGCUCAAACAGGGGGCUUAGCUUUACCUAUGUAGCUACAUCAGCUGUAUAGCUACGUUAUGUAUGUAGCUUAUGCAGCUAACAAAUGAAGGCAUAGCCCCCCUACCCCCAAAAAGAGAGACAAAAAUGUGAUCUGAUUUUCAUAGGAGAUUAAAAAUCUGUGUUAUUUCUACACUGUGGGUAAAUCCAUCAAAACAACAUGUUUUGCCACUCUUUUGCCUCUCAGCUGCAGAAAGCAGAAAUACCAGGUUUUACAGGGUUCAUAGAACACACAAAUAUGAUUGGGCAGCAGAUUUAGGCAAAGAGAAUAAAUGUUCUUACGGAAGUUUUGAGCAAUUUAUAAUCUUAUUCUAUGGACUAAAAUUGACUACUUUUUUUAGACUUUGAAAUGACUUAAACUACAAAGAGUAGAAAUGACUAAAGUGUGACUUUAACUAAAGAACAUGUUAGCCUUAAGACUAAAAUAAAACAGCUGUCAAAAUUAACACUGAAUGAUAAAACUGCUUCAGAACUAUCUCAAUGUUACCGCAUAAUUUGGGGUAAACCCCUUAGUUAUUUUGUUGAAGCACUCUGGAUCCUCCCUUUCUUUUUGUCUUAUUUAAAAAAAAGAAGAAUGGCAACUGUAGCAAGCAACUCACUUUUACUGUCCUCAUUGAAAUCUUAUGCUGAGGGUAACAUGUAGCUACAAUACAGGCAUGAAAAGUGGAUGUAGAAACUACAGCAGAGGGAGUUGAUGCAUCGUCUACUCCAAUUGCAGCGGCGUGAACUGCUAGACUUUGAGAACAUUGCAGAGCCGCCUUUUGUGAGCUGUUGCAAGUUUUGACUCUUUGGUCUGAGCUCGGCUGUACUUACAACAAACAUUUAGAAUUAAUCAAAAUGAAUACAAACAAGGAAACAAAGCCAAACUUUGGGUGCUCAUCUUGACUUAAUUUCAAUGUUUGCCAAACUGAACUAGUAAAGCUGCUAACCAAACCGUCUGAAAUAAGUUUGUAACUUAACCAAUAGGAUCAUUUUUGCUCCAAAACCUCCACGAAGAAUCAAAUUUGAAGUUUAAAGAGUUUUCCCCAGUCACGAAUUGAAGUGACAUAUUUUAAGUCACUCAAUAGUUGCAUUUUAUCUUUUUUUAUCAAGAAUAGGCAAUCACUUUUUACCUUCUGAUGAAAAUAUCUGUUUGUCUGUUUGUAUGUAUAAUCACUUUGUUAUGUGGAUAUUUCUGUGUGGCUACAAUCCACUCUAAUGAAAGUUAAAUGAUAUGUUUGAAGGCCCAAAACUUGCAAAUUGAGCUGUGGUGUGCUCCAUUUAUAAUGGAAGUCGGAUGUCAGAUGUCUAUUUAGGAUUGUUAACCUUAGGGUUUGUGAAGUUCUUCUGAGUUUUUGAGUUGGAUUUCCACCUUCACUGGGGAUGAUCUCUCCAACUUCCCAGAUCAAAUGGAACGUAUCAUCAAUCUACUGAGGAUAACAUGAAAAUUGCUGCCCUUAGAGCUCAUUUUUGGAGCAGUGGAUGUUGCUUAAAUUGAAAGUUGCUGAAAGAGUCAGUUUAUUUUUGGGUCAACUUUUUAAUGCCUAUUAUUCAGCAUAUAUGAAUGACCUUUACUUGGCCUGAGUAGCAAUGUUGCCUGCUUGGCAUUUUCUGUUUACAUCUAGUGCCAAACUUCUCUUUAAUCUGAGCAUCAAGGGUCCAACAUGAAGUUUAACUGGGCCCUGCAGUGCUGAGACGGGGUGGUGUGCUGUAUCGUAAGAGAAUGUGUUUAGUUCUAUUACUUUAAAGCUAAUUUUGUUUAGCUGUAAAACUUCUUAUACUUGCUUAUCUUAUUGCAUGGCACUUUCUACUGACUGUUAUUGCAAAUAAGGAAAAAAAACUUCGAUGAUGUCUUGAACUGGAUGUUGUAGGCGUUUCAAAAGGGAUGAGUCAGCCUUGUUAAGUUUGCCUUUUAAAAGGGAACAAGAACAGUCAAUAUUUAUGGUGAAGGUGAACUAUUAUGCAAGAUGGAUACAUUUGUACAUGCAUGCUAUUUGAAAUAUUGUCUGCCUGCCUUAUUUCUAUCCAACUGGGGAGCAAGUGUUUUAAUGAGAAAUGUCACUUCUGUGUGAAAGACAUUUUAAAGUAUUAAAGAUCUACAUUUGAAGGGUCAUGAUUUGAUAGCCAAGUUUUGAUAGCCAAAAAAAGAGACCUGCAAGAGUGCAGAUAUCUAAAUAGUAUGUCCUGCCAAUGUUUAAUUCCCUGGAUUAAUGCUGUAAAUGGCCGUCAGUUAAAAAGUGGCCACAGAAACCUUAAAUUUAUGACACUCCAGAAAUGCCAGCGUUCCUGUCUUCACUUUUUGCAGCGUAAUGCUUAUAUAACCAAAUGUUUACAAUAGUGACAUUCAUGGUCCCUUUGGACUUUUUCAUCAUGCAAUGCAUUGAUUUACUGUGUGUAUCUGUAAAACUUUAAUGAACACUUUGAAAUUAAACAUGGGGAGGAUUUUA